AUGGCAGACUCCCCAACAGACUCACCAGCAUCGGUGGCAUCAUCUACUCAUUCGACGUCUGGCCGCUCGGUUGCUAAAGCGGUAACGACCUCAGUGUACGAGAUGGACGGCGCUAUGCAACAUAAUCCUGGCUUUGAUGAGAUGAGGGAUCACCAGGAAGGCUCGGAGUCGCAAAGUCAAGUUACGAGCCCUUCUUCUGGUGAUGAAUUCUAUAACAACAUGGACGUCAACACUGUUGGCGUUAUAGAUCCGAAACAUAGUAAAUUUUCGGUACGGAAGAUCUCUGGUCUUAACGAUAUGCCUGAUAACGUGACUGACUUCAGUGCACUAUCUAAGCCGGCUAAAAUAGUGGCCUUGUGCAUUGAGAGGGUUCCUGGGUGGCGAGGAAGGGUCCAACCGAUAGAUGUUGAGAUAAACCAAUUAUGCGAAGGUCUGUCGAAUCAGCUGUUUAGAGUGUCUUUGGCGAAGUCGUGGACUGAUUCUGAUAGUCCGACGAAUAAUGAUGUCCCUCUGGCUUUCAAAAGGGUUCUAUUCCGAAUUUACGGUAAAGACGCCCAGUCGUUUUAUGACCCAGUGUACGAGCUGAAGGUCUUCAAGACGCUUUCGAGGUAUCGCAUAGCGCCUCAGCUGAUCGCAUGUGGUAGUGGUUGGCGUAUUGAGGAGUGGCAUGCUUCGAUAGCGGUGCCUACCAAGUUGCUGGGAAAUCCGAGUAUACUCUGUCAAAUUGCAUCCCAACUUGGCCGUUUUCACAAGCUGGACCAGCGACAGGAUUUCCCGAGGUCUUUCAGUACGGAGCCGGCAACAAUGAAGCGUUUGAGGAAUUGGGCAUCGGAAGCGUCGAAAGUAACCUUUGUUGAGCCGGAACAGCGGAGGAAGUUGGAAAGGUUGCAUGUUGACCGUAUGGUGAAGGAAGCGGAGUGGCUUAUGGGGUAUCUCACGAGAAGCCAGGAUGAUAUUGUUAAAGGGCAGGGCAUGGACGUUGUAUUCUCCCAUAACGAUGUACAGGAGAAUAACAUAUUGCAGACCCAGUAUGGGCUGCGGUUCAUCGACUUCGAAUACGCCCACUACAACUAUCAGGCUUAUGAUAUUGCUAACCUUUUCUGUGAGUUUACUAUGGACUACACUGAGAGGCACUACCCUUUCUUUGCAACUGAUUUAGCCGCGUAUCCGGAUGGCCGUACGCAGCGGUUGUUCCUCAGUGUCUACCUCUCAGAGUAUCUGGAAACGCCCAUUUUCCCGGACAACGACUUGUAUAUUCUGCCGUUGAUGAGGAAUGUGUCCAAAUUUGGUAUGGCAUCUCAUCUGCUGUGGGGCCUGUGGAGCGUCAUCCGAGCGCCGCAAGCGCCGACGUAUGAUGACUUUGACUUUUUAGUGUACGCGAAAUUCCGUUUCGACUCCUACUUCCGUAUGAAGAGUAUAAUCCUGGCUCAUGACAAGGAGGCGGUGGAGGAGGAGAAGGAGGAUCUGUUGAAGGAGCAGAUGGAGCGUACGAAACGCAGUGAAAAGAUGAUCUCGGACAUGCGACCGUACAUUGGUUUCUUCCGUGGUAUAGAAAUCGGUGCCGUUGCCCUGUCCAUUGGCCUUUCCCUCGGUACUGUGUUUGCCGUCCUUAACUACCGCCCAAGAACACUGUGAUGAGACACACUCUCUAAAAUUGUAAACCUCAUAUUUGGACGAUUGCCCGACAUAGUUUCUAAUGCU